AGUGUCUGGGCGCUGCCUUAACAUUCAAUACUCGACAUUUGGUCAACAUUUAAACCAACAACAGACACAGACAGCAACAUGGCCGUGGAGGGUCAAAGAUUUAUGACCAAGACGCAGCACUAUCGCAAGGUCACCAAGCCGUUGCUAGAGCGUAAGCGACGUGCGCGCAUGAAUCUCUAUUUGGAUGAGCUGAAAGAUCUUAUUGUCGACACAAUGGACGCUCAAGGCGGCGAUCAAGUCAACAAGCUGGAGAAAGCUGACAUACUAGAGCUGACGGUCAACUAUCUUAAGGCUCAGCAGCAGCAGCGCUUGGCCCAGAGCAGUGAUAGCGACACGCCCACAACAUCAGCAACCACGCCCACUUCUCCACCAGCAACUCCAUUGAACUUUGACAAAUUUCGCGCUGGCUAUACGCAGGCUGCCUAUGAGGUUUCCCACAUAUUCUCUACUGUGCCUGGCCUGGAUCUUAAGUUUGGCACUCACCUAAUGCAACAGCUAGGACAUCAGCUCAAGGAUAUGAAGCAGCAGCUACACAGUCCCGUCUCCAGCGAAGAUGCCAACGAGCCCGUUAAUCUAACAGAUUGCAAACGUCAGCGUUCAGUAUCGCCUGCUGCACAGCUGGACGUAGAUAAGGGUGAAGAUGUCUGGCGACCCUGGUGAAGAGAAUACC